GCACUUUAUUUUAAUGAUCUGAUUAUUUAUUAUUAAGGAAGUUGACACUUUGAUCUUUAGAGGUGAUUACAGACUUUAUGCACAACUAGAGUGGAGGGUUUGAACGCAAACUUACAUUACCAUACCACCUUAUUACUGUACAAUGUGUUUGGUUUAAAAGCUAUACACUGUAAAAAAACAAUUAGUUAAAAUUCCUUAAAAUUUUAAGUUCAGUCAACUCAAAAAAAUGUUUGUCAACUUGAAAUGUUAAGUUUUACUAAGUGACAACUUAGAUAUUUGAGUUGAUUCGACUCACAAUUUUAAGACAGCCGGGUAACAACCACAACUUUUAAGUUUAACAAACCAGUUUUUUGUUUAGUCAACUCGAAUAUCUAAGCUGAACAACUUAACAUUUCAAGUUGACUAAACUUAUUUGAUUUGACUGAACUUAAAAUUUUAAGGCAGCAGGGUUACAAAUUAUUUUAAGUUGACUCAACAAACUGUAUUUUUACAGUGAUACAGACAAGUAAGUACAUUGUACAAAUUUUCUCCAGUUUCAACUUAAAAACUUAAGUUCAGCAGCUGCCUUAAAAUUUGAAGUUAAAUCAAUUUAAAAGUACAAUCAUUUCAACUCACUACAAUAAGAUGUUUAAAUGACUUUGUAAAUUUGUAAAAUUUGUAUAGCCACAUUUGUGGCCUUACUUUUCGAACUGUAUAUGUAGAAGCACUCUAAAAUUUUUCUACAACAUCAAGUGGAAGAUGAAAAAAGACACCAUGACAUAUAGUAGGAAGCCACAAAUACAAGUUCAUAUUUCCAACUUUCAGUCUUUGCUAAAUGUCAGCUGCAGUCAUUUAUAGAAUCAGUCACACAUGGGGGAAAGUCACGUAGAGAUGUUUUUAACUGGAAAUGUUACAUAUGUACAUAAUUUAGUAUAAUAAAAAGAUAAGAGGUAUAUAUUUAGGCCUGUUCAAAUCACAAUCAAUGUAUUUGAAUUCUUCUGUCGCAAUGUGAGGAAACUUUCUCCUUGCAAAACUGUUUAAAAAUCUCCUAAGCAAAUGUGUUUACCUGCGAAUUCUAAUUUAUUGUGAGAGUUUACCGUGUGAUUCUAUUCGUGAUGUUUGUUGAAGUUUGAACCUCAAGAUGCCAUCUUCACUAAUGAGAGAUUUUCAGAUAAUAUUGAGGUUAAGACCUCCUACAUAAACAGGAACUUCUGUGUAUAUAAAGCCAACUUGAUGCCCUUCAGCGCCUUAGACUUCAACUUUCAUGACAUUAUGUAAUAUAUCUCUAAAGCUUCAGAAUAAACUUGUGGCAUGUGCUGAGUUGUGUGAAUUCCAGCCAAACUGAAGACAAGAAUAAUGAGCCGCACUGGAAUUUUCUACAUUUUCCUGGCUUUUUCAGUGCAGCCUAAAGCUUCUUCACAGGGGCUCAACUGUGUGACAGAUUACUGCAAAACCAUCAGCUGCUCUUUAAAACAAGCAGUCACAUCUUCUAAAAACAUAUACUGGCUGGAAGCUCGACUGAUCUCUGAUAAAGAAGAGACGAGCAGAUGCCAACUUCAGAAAGUACAUGAAGAUCACAUCUGCAAUAUUACAGUAAAAUCAGACUUCAAGAGUCAUCAGAAAUAUUCAAUAACACUUUAUUAUUUGGAAAACGGAACUGAGAAUUCUCUGUUGAAUGCUUCUUUUAGGCCAGUAAAAAACAUUAAACCGAAAACGCCAUUUAAUCUGACGUUACAACGUGCAAACGGAACGUAUCAUUUCUUUUGGAAGAAUGGAUAUGAAGAUCAUAUGUACCGAGCUGUUCUACCCAUCACAUACGAAUUCAAGUACUACAAAGAUGGAGACAAUACAAGUGUCGUUCCACAAGGCAAAGAAAUGAUUCCGAUUGAUGAAAAGUGGUUUGAUCCGAGCACUGCAUACACUGCGGAGGUGAGGAGUAAAAUUAAUGGAGGAGACUACAUAGGAACAUGGAGUGACUGGAGCAACGCAGUGAAAUGGAAAACAGCAGGACAAGAUGAGGCCAAUCAAGUCAGAAAGAUUACCAUUGGAAUGUUUUCAAUGGUUGGACUUUUAAUUCUGCUUAUGUGCGUUUCUGCUACAAGAUUUCAGAUGAAAAAAAAUCCAUGGGUGCCAACACCAGCAACGUACUUCCAGCCACUUUAUCAAAAUUACCAAGGCAAUUUUCAGUGUUGGGUUUUGGCAAAAAGUCCUUUACAAGAUUUUCACGUUAUGGAAGACUUUUCAACAAUUGACAAGAUUUCCGAGGUCAUAACUACACUACAGGAUCAGGCAGAGAAAACGGGCAUGUAUCCCACAGGACAGUGCCACACACCCUAUGUGGGCCCCACAACUGAGAUCUGGGCCCCACGCCAAAUGCCUGAUACGUGCAGCGAGACGAGCAUCCCAUGUGAAGAUUUCUCUUUUUUCUGCGAAGAGUUGCCUGGUGAAGUGGGCAACUUAAUCCAGUCUCUGAACGUGGCGUGUCUGAGUGGGGAUGGUCUGUCACUGGAGGACUUGACUCUUAAUCUGGAGUGUCUUGAGGACUGUGAGGCUUCUGAGGCACCGGUUAUCAUUAACCCAGUUCCUGUGUGUUUCAAACAAGACUACUGCACUCUCACCAACACUCCCACAGGCCCCGUUCCCACCUUCAACAGAGAUGUAGAGCAGGACGAAAACACCUCCAGUGAAUAAAUCCAGGAAGUCAUUAUCAAAUCAAAUCACCUUAAUUAUAUACCGCCUUUAACAAUACAGAAUUGUGACAAGGCGGCUGUACAGUAUUAAAUAGGAAAUAGUACAUCAACAAUGCAAAGGGCAACAGUAAACACUCAAUUUUCAGGUAAAGGUAGUUAAUCAAAUACAACAAAAUAAAAUACAAUAUUGUGUGAAGAUAAAGUGAAGAUAAAGUGUCCCCAACUAAGAAAGCCAGA